AUGAAGAACUUCAUCAGGUUCCAAUCAAAUUGCAAUGCUCUGGAAAAGCAGAUGAAGAGCCUAACAGAUCUUCAAAAUAAAGUGAAAGAAGAAGUUGACUUGGCUUAUACUCAAAUAAUAGAGUGGCUCAGAGAAGUUCAACAAUUCACGCUUGAAGUGGCACACACUGCUAGAAUAGUCAAUCACGGAUGGUUCUUUAAUUUCAAAGAAAAUUGUAGACUUAGUAGGGAGACGGCCAGAAUGUUCAAGGAAGUAGAAAGAAUUCUGAAGGCUGGAAAUCUUACUUCUCAAAUGGUGGGUCUCAAUUACUUGGCAAAAAUACUUGAGCACAUCCCUGGACCUUCAAUUGAAAGUCAAUCUACAGCAUCAAAAACUUUAGCCAAAAUUAUGAAUCUAUUGAAUGACGAUAAUGUUUUGAGGAUUGGUGUUUGGGGCAUGGGAGGUGUUGGCAAAACUAUUCUGGUAAAGAACUUGAACGACAAUCUCAAGAACUCUUCUUCCGCACAACAAUUUGGCAUGGUAAUAUGGGCUAUUGUGUCCAAGGAAAUGGAUUUAAAAAGGAUCCAAGUACAAAUAGCAGAGAGAUUGAAUUUGAAGGCAAUUGACUUGGAUUGUAUCGGCAUCCCACAACCUGAAACUAAUGCCAGUUCUAAGAUCAUAUUGUCAUCUUGCUCCCAAGAGGUAUGCAGGGAUAUGAAGAUUGAUGAAGAAGUGAAAUUGGAGACCGUGAAUGAUGAAGCAUGGCAAUUGUUUAGUAGAAAUGUGGGGGAGGUAAGUGAACUUGUAAAUUGUUGGCUAGCUGAAGGUAUGUUAGAUGAACAGCAAAGUUAUGAGGGCUUACACAAUAGAGGGAUUGCUUUGAUUGAAAAUCUAAUGGACUCUUGUUUGCUGGAAGGAGGAGCCCAUAAGGGCACUAUGAAAAUGCAUGAUGUAGUUGGAGAUGUUGCUAUAUGGAUCUCUUCUUCCAUGGAGGAUGGAUAUAGGUCACUUGUUCGGUCAAGAACUGGUUUGGCUCUAAUUUUAGAAGAUAAAAUGUCCAAGUCUCUCAAAAGAGUCUCAUGA